AUGUUCGCGUGCACGUUCGUCGGUUGCACUAAAGUGUUUAACGUGAAACAUAAUAUGACUCGUCACGCCAAAACACACGAGGAUGUUAAAUUUCAAUGUGCGUUGUGCCCGAAAGUGUUUACUUUUAAAGGAAACAUGAUGCAACACAUAAAAAUUGUGCAUCACGAAGACGGAGUCGUCCUACCGACUAUUGCCCCGCAAGCCGGGCCAUCGAAUAUUAUUAUUAUUCCACAAGCCGGACCAUCCAACUCGUUACAAAACACCGGACCGAUAAAUGUGCGUUGGACAAUGGACGAGGAAAAUGACGCGUUGUUAGCAGAUGUAUACGAAGCCAUCAAUGAUAUAGAAGGAUUCGAUGACGAAAGUAAAAUUUCUUUUAUUAUACUCCUCAACAUAGGUAUUAGUUUUAAUUAGUUUUUUCUUUCUAUUUCCCUGUAGGUAGGAAGCGUAAGAACACGGAAACUGCCGCGAAUACUAAGAAAGCUAGAAUCGACUUAGUUAACACACCCGGAUUCACCGAAAUCGAUACGUCUCACUCGAGGAAGAUCGUAUGGUACUAUGCCAAAAAUAUCCGAAAUUUCAAAAAUUAUAAAAAAUUCCUUUCUUCCAUCAAACCAGCAUUAAUUGAUCUUCUCAAGUUAUUAUCAGAAAACAAUCCGAUUAAAUUUAAUUUGAAGCUGGAAGCUACCUAUUAUAAACCGCAUGUUGAAAAUUCCACCGAGAAUAGAGCGUUCAAGAUCUCAGCCAGGGAAAUUUUCUUUGAUAGUGAAAUAGAAGACGUUAUAGAAGAAAAGUUUGCAAAGUUAUUAAAAGAAGAAGAUAUAUAUCAAGGACGGGGUAGCGGCUUUUCGUUACAGAGUAUCGACGGCGUUUUAUUAGGUGUUUAUAAAUAUACACCUAUGGAAGGCUAUUCAUAUAUUCCGCUACCUACCGAUAUUAUGAAUAAACGAGCUAUAAUCGACCCGCAAAAUAAUGACGAGAAAUGUUUCAAGUGGGCGAUUUUGGCGAAACACGUUACGGAUAUACACAGAGAGCGAGUAAACGAAAAGUAUACCGAACACGGAGAUAAAUAUGAUUUUGGUGGGAUAUCUUUCCCGACACCGCUUAUAGACAUUAAAAAAUUCGAAAAAAAUAAUUCGAACAUAUCC